UACGGCGUCGGCUACAUUCCGUCCGCACCAUCAUUCUCUCUCUGUUAACGUUUCGGUCUGUCCACACAUGAAAACGUGCUUCAAGACCCAAUUUUUGGUGACUGAUAAAACUUGAUUUUCCGUUUAUCUCUCAAAUAAAGUCAAAUAAGACAAUAUGCCUUUAGCUAAAGACUUGCUUCAUCCUACUGCAAUCGAAGAACGCAGGAAACACAAAUUAAAGCGCCUUGUCCAACACCCAAACUCUUUUUUCAUGGAUGUCAAAUGCCCUGGAUGUUAUAAAAUUACAACUGUAUUCAGUCACGCUCAGAGCGUAGUUAUAUGUACCGGAUGUUCCACAAUUUUAUGUCAGCCCACUGGAGGACGAGCUAGACUAACUGAAGGUUGUUCUUUCAGGAAGAAAGCUUACUAAGAUCCUGGCUCCUGUAUUUUAAUGUACAAUAACAAUAUGAAUAUGCGUUGAAUAAAAAAAACCAUAAAAAAAAUGUUA